CGAUGACGUUUACUCGGGACCACAGAGAUGUGCUAACCAGAACAGCUAACGAGAUGCAUUGGUUACUAUAAAGUUAUAACUCUUACAAUAGGUUCAGGAUAAGUGGGCUAACCGGAUGGGGACAAGAUGUUGGAGUCCUAUGUCACACCACUCCUGAUGAGCUAUGUCAACAAAUACAUAAAGAAUCUAAAGCCGUCAGACCUGCAGCUCUCCCUCUGGGGCGGGGAUGUGGUGCUCAGCAAGUUGGAUCUGAAGCUGGAUGUCCUGGAGCAGGAACUGAAGCUGCCCUUUACCUUCAUGAGCGGCCAUAUCCACGAGCUGCGUAUCCACGUGCCAUGGACCAAGCUUGGGUCAGAACCCGUGGUCAUCACUAUCAACACUAUGGAGUGCAUCCUAAAGCUGAGAGAUGGAGUCCAGGAUGACCAUGAGAGUGGCUCCAGCUCCACGAGCCGCAGUGCCUCAGACAGUGUCAAGGCCCAGGCCAAGCCCCGCAGGCUGCAGCAGGCGGCCCCCAGUGACCCGGACCUGCCCCCAGGCUACGUGCAGAGCCUGAUCCGCCGCGUGGUGAACAACGUGAACAUCGUGGUGAACAACCUGAUCCUGAAGUACGUGGAGGACGACAUCGUGCUGUCCGUCAACAUCACGUCAGCGGAGUGCUACACCGUCGACGACGCGUGGGAGAGGGCCUUCAUGGACAUCACCGCCCCUGAGUUGGUCCUGAGGAAGGUGAUCAACUUCUCGGACUGUACGGUGUGCCUGGACAAGCGCAACGGCAGCGGGAAGAUUGAGUUCUACCAGGACCCCUUGCUGUACAAAUGCUCCUUCAGGACACGCCUCCACUUCACCUAUGACAACAUGAACUCUAAGAUCCCUGCACUCAUCAAGAUGCAGACCAUGGUGGAGAGCCUGAAGCUGUCCGUCACCGACCAGCAGCUGCCCAUGUUCAUGCGCAUCCUUGAGCUAGUAAUCGCCCUGUACUACGGGGCCAUCGGGGCCCCCCGGGAUGGCGACGCGGACGAGGGCAGUGGGCCCAUCAGGGAGACGGUCGCCCCCGUGCCUGGUAUGGACGUGGAAGAGGACAACCAGGGGAUGGCCCGGCCGUUCUCCAGCUCAGAGCUCUACAUGCAGCCCGGAGGGCCCGACGACCAGAUGGACGAGGGAUGGGUCUCUUGGGCGUGGUCCUUCGUGCCGGCCAUCGUGGGCGAGGAGGACGAGGAGGGCGAGGACGGCACCUACCACCAGAGAGAGCCAGGGUCCAGCCCGAGUGGUACCCAGCAGCAUGCGCAGCCUCGAGACCCCGUCGUGUCCAUAGGAUUCUACUGCACCAAGGCGUCCGUUACCUUUAAGCUGACAGAGUCCCUUUCGGAGAGCAGCUACUACAGUCCACAGAAGGUCAAGUCCAGAGAGGUCCUGUGUCUGGAGCCGGAGGGAAUCACCAUUGAGGUGCUGAUGAUGGGUGAGGCGUUCUUCGACUGUCAGAUUGGCAUCGUGGGCUGCCGGGCCGUCUGCCUGAAAGGCAUCAUGGGAGUGCGGGACUUUGAGGAUAACCUGAACCGACGGGAGGAGGACGCUGUGUUCUUCAUGUGCGGCGAGACUCUGAGCGCUAAGGGGAUGACGUACCUGACCAACUCCCUGUUCGACUACCGCAGCCCAGAGAACAACGGCGUACGGGCCGAGUUCAUCCUGGACGCCACCAACCACAAGGAGACCUACACAGAGAUAGCCGGCAUGCAGCGCUUUGGUGCUUUCUACAUGGAUUACCUCUACACAAUGGAGAACGGCGGUGGCAAAGGGAGCGUGGGCUCGCAGGACUCCCCGGCGUUAGCCAAGGAGGAGCCGCUGACGCCCGUGCAGGAGAGCUCCACCAAGCGGCUGGUGGUCGGGCCCCUGGAGGUCCGACUACACAGUAGCGCCGUCCACCGCAUCCUCAAGAUGGUGGCCUGCGCCAUGGACCACGAGUACGAGCCCUACUGCAAGCCAGAGCCAGAGCUGGUGGAGGAGCGGCGAGCUCCAGCCACACCAGAGGAGCUCUCCAGCCUGGAAGAAUUCAUCCCCACCAGACUCACCUGUCUCACUUUGCUGAAGGUCUGCAUCACGGUGUCCGUGGCAGAGUUCAACCUGCUGCACACGCUCAUGCCGGUCCUGAUGGGACAGAAGGCGCCCCCUGCGCCCCCCAGCGUGCCAGCCUUCCAGCCAGUGCGUCCGCUGCCGGCCCUGCGCUUCCAGGUGGAGAGGGUGAACGUGGAGCACACUGUCCCCAUGUACGGGCCCGAGCUGGUGGGCCUGGUCAGCGCUCUCAGCCAGCCCUCCGACAACCUGUUGCACCACUGCUACGCACACUGCUACCUCAAGGUGUUUGAGUUCCAGGCAGGCCUGACGUGCCAGGACGCGGCGGGGACUUUCCUGCCUCUGCUGCCCAUCAUCCCUUCCUUCAGCACAGCUCUGUAUGGCAAACUGCUCCAGCUGCCCGCCUGCUGGACCAAGAGGUCUCCGGUGCCCACCACGGAGUGUAUCUUUGAGCUCCCCCACUUCGCGGUGCAGGCCACCAUGGCCCAGGCCCUGCUGCUGCAGGCGCUGUGCCAGAGCUGGACCCACAGCCUGGGCAACGGGACCCCGCAGGCGCUCAGCGAGGGUCUCCUCCAGCAGGUCUUCAGAGCACCAGGUGUGAAAUCUCGGAGCCCUUCGCCGACGCUGGAGUGCUCGGUCCAGAACGUGGAGCUGAAGCUGUGCAGCCGUGCGACGGUGAAAUGCGCCUCGGGAACCGUGGGAGCUGUAAAAGUGUGCGCCAGGACUCCAGGGUCGGAAGAGGGGUCCAAGGAGAAGCUGGUUCCCCUGAUCCAGGGCCCGUCCGACACCAGGGAGCUCCACACCAGCCGCUGGCUCAACGAGAUCCGCAAGCCCGAGUCCCUGCUGGCCCCGGACCUCCUGGCCUUCUCUGUGCAGGUGCCCCUGCAGGGCGACGACUGCCGGAACUCAGGUGCUGUGCUGCUGGUCAGUGUGCAGGGCAUCGCGGCCAACGUGGACCCCGUGGUGUGCACCUGGCUGCUCCACCAGCCUCACCGAACGGGCAGCAGACAGCAGCAGCAGCAGCAGCAGCAGCAGGCUCCGGCAGUGGUUGCUAUGGCGAUGCCCCUGGCCAAACGGAGAGAGGAUGAGGUGUCUGUGGGUAGCACGCCACUGGCCAAACAGCCCUCCAAUCAGGCGUCCGAUUACGCCAGCAGCCCGGUCAAAACCAAGACCGUAACAGAAUCCCGACCUCUGUCCAUUCCCAUGAAGGUGAUGCCCAUCAGCACAGCUGUGGAGUCGUGGUCCACCUCAGAGGAGAGGAUGAAGGCGCUGAUUGCUCAUGCCUGGGACGCUGUCAAACGACUGACUCUACAGCUGGAGGUCCAGUCGUGCUGCGUGUUUCUGCCCAACGACAGCCUGCCCUCCCCGAGCACCAUCAUCUGCGGCGACAUACCCGGCACCGUCCGCAGCUGGUACCACAACCAGGCCUCCAUGCCUGGGACUCUGGUGGUCUGCCUGCCCCAGAUCAGUGUCCUCAGUGCUGGACACAAGUACAUGGAGCCCCUGCAGGAGCUGCCCUUUGUGGUGUCGAAGCCGAUCCUGGAGGAAGGUGAUGCCUUCCCCUGGACCAUCAGCCUGAGCCAGUUCAGUGUGUACACCCUGCUGGGCCAGCAGCACAGCCUCAGCCUGCUGGAGCCCAUGGGCUGCACCUCCACGCUGGCCGUCACCUCCCACCGGCCGCAGGCCAGCGAGGGACGCCAGUCUUUCGUGGUGUGUCUCCACGUGGACCUGCAGCCCGUCCAGGUCAAGUGCUCCAACCCACAGGUGCAGCUGCUGUACGAGCUCUUCCUCAGCUGGAGCACCACCUGGGCCCGUCUCCAGAAGCACAGCGUCCUGCGCCAGACGUCCGGAGCGCCGGAGACCCCCCAGGGAGCCGCCCUGACCUCGCCGGUCCGCAGCAGUGCCGGCACUGUGCUGCCAGACGCCAGCACCUGCAGCCCCUCCGCCGACCUGGGCUCUCCCACCGAGGGCGACUCAGUGCCAGCCGGGGACGACGGGCCCUUCUCGGACACGGUGACGCUGGAGCAGAAGACCAGCAGCAUCGGGGGCACCAGCGGGAAGGUCAGCCUCUGGAUGCAGUGGAUGCUGCCCAAGGUCACGGUUAAGCUGUACGCCCCAGAUUCCGCCGCCAAAAACACAGAGAUUUGUGUCAUUGCUGAAAUGGAAGACCUGAGUGCCUCAGUGGACGUCCAAGAUGUCUACACAAAGAUCAAGUGUAAAGUGGUCAGCUUCAACAUGGACCACUACAGGUGCAGUCCGGCAGAGGGUGUGCGGAGCGUGGGCGGCUGUGGAGGAGUGAUCUUAUCCUGCACUGACAAGCUGAACAGACGAACGGUGCUGGUUCGACCCGUCAGCAAGCAGGACUCUUUCAGCCACUUCUCUGGCUUUUUCCCCCCUACGGCAGCCCGGGUCCUGGAGGGGUCGCACCAGCAGCACGGCUUCCUCUCCAUCACCUACACCCAGGCCGUCACCAAGAACGUCCGCCACAAGCUGACCACGCGGCCCGAGCGGCCCGAGCGCCCCCCGCGCGGCUGCAGCAUGGCGGGGGGCCAGCGGGGGGCGGCAGACCCCCUGGCGGACGGAUCGCCCCAGUACCUGCGGGAGAUCCUGCUGACCGCCCAGCCCUUCGACGUGGUGCUCUCCUGUCCCUUAAUGGCCGCCGUCAUGGGCCUCUUCCAGGCCACCGUACCGAGGCGUUACCGCGAGCGGGGCAAGUCGUCGGGCCAGCCAAUGAGGAGCCACGCCCUGACCUCCCGCUGCCUGCCCCUCAUCUACAUCAACACCAGCACCAUCCGAGUGUUCUGCCCCGGGACGCAGGACAAACACACCGCCACAGAGUCCCACCAGAGCAAAGAAGACACCCUGGUGCUGAAGCUGGGCUCCGUCAGCAUGGCCCCCCAGGCAGAUAACCCCCUCUCCCGCACCGUGCUGCGCAAAGACAUCUACCAGCUGGCGUUGAACCUGGGCAUCCUGCGAGACCCUGGAUCCGAGGUGGAGGACCGCCAGUACCAGCUGGACCUCCAGUCCAUCAACAUCGGCACGGCCCAGUGGGAGCAGCUCAAGCCGGAGAAGGAAGGCACAAAGGGCGGGGCAGCCGCCGAGACGGAGAGGAACUCCCAGAACCCCGCGCUGGAGUGGAACAUGGCCAGCAGCAUCAAGAGGCACCAGGAGCGGCGAGCCAUCCUCACCCCCAUCCUGACAGACUUCUCGGUGCGAGUGACAGCGGCUCCGGCCAUCAUCUUUAGCAGGCCUGUCUCCCUGGACAGCGGCCCUGCCGAGGAGGCGGUGGUGUGUGGUCAUUCCCUGGAGGUGAACGUGAGCGGCAGCCUGGACUUCUACCUUAGUGUGGCUCAGGUGCAGCUCCUUCAGCAACUCCUGCUGGACCACAUGGUGGGACUGGACGUCCCAGAGAAGAGUGCAGAGGUGCGUCGCAAGGAGCAGAAGCGGCGAGGUGGGCGGGACACGGCGGCGGGGGAGACGACGGCGGCGGCGGCGGGAAGGCCCGGCGGUGAAGCCCCACCAUCCUCCUCCUCCCGGCACAGCGCGGCCGGGGGGCGGGACAGCGGCUUCGGCAGCGACAGCGCCCGCAUCCGCAUCGUGCAGAUCGAGCAGCAGAGCGGCGCCAGCCACCACCGCCUGGCCCGGCCCUCGCACCAGUCCACCAUCACCAAGAACCUCAGCUUCAUCCCCUUUGACGUCUUCCUCACCGCCAGCAAGCUGUCCCUCAUGACCUACGCCUGCUCCGGCCUGGACCCCGCCCACGGCCUCGCCCAAAGCCCCGCCCCCUACCGGAGGAGGAACCCGACCGGAGAAAAGGUCGGGAAGAGCGCCCUGAACCUGCCUGAGACCCUAGCCGCGACCCCCCAUCAGCCUCCGUCCUCCACCGCCCCGGACUCUCCUCCGCCCUCCUCUUCCUCUCCCGGCCCCGCCGCGGCCCCCGCCGCGGGCCCCGCCCAGGGCACCCUGGCGGCCCUGACCGCCGAGGACCUGCUCAACAGCAACAGCCACCCCUCCCUGUCCCCGCGGCCCCCCACGCCGUCCGGCCUGCUGGCCCUGGACGGCCUGCCCAGGCCCAGCCGCUCCUCGGCCCGCCAGGCCCUGGGGGUGACGGUGGUGAGGCAGCCCGGCCGCAGGGGCCCCGGGGACCUGGUGCUGGAGCCCCUGCUCCACCUGCAGGUGGUGCAGCCCUCGGCCCUGAUCAGCUGCCACCACCGCAAGCAGAGGAUGGAGGUGUCCGUGUUUGACGUGGCGCUCCGCGGGGUCAACUCCCACUACAAGUGUCUUGACCCAGGUAAGAGUCUACCUGAGUCUCUAGACUACACCGUGACGUGGCUCCAGACGGCAGGGGGCGAGACAGACUGCAGGACCGGCAUCCCUCCUCCUCUGCUCUUCCUGCAGAUCAAAGACUUCCUCAACGGCCCAGCUGAGCUCAACCUGGAGCUCUCACGGCCCCUGAAGGUGAGCCCCACGCUGGCUAAGCUGGAGCAGGCCAAGGCCUACAUGACCAGGGUCCUGCCCAACUUCUGGGCUACCGAGGGCUCGGUCAAGGCCCCCUGUUCCUCCUCCUUGUCCUCCUCCUCCUCGCCUUCCCCUCUCUCGUCCCCCACCAAGAGCACCAGAGCGCCCUCCAGAACCCCCAGCACUGCCCGCUCCGCCCGCCACCAACAGGCCUCCGCCGCGGGCACGGUGAGCAGCGUCCUCCGUGCUCCGGUGGUGCCCUUCCACAAGGUGUCCCUCCGGACUGGCCAGAUCGUGGUUGCCAUGGAGACGGAAUCCCACGCCAUGAAGCCCAGCGUGACGGUGUCGGUGUCGGCCAUGACGGCCAGUCUGAACAUGAAGCCUGGUUCCAGGAUGGAAGACCCCAUCCAGGCCGCCUCCCUGCUCCUGGAGCUCAAGGAUGCGUCGGUGCGGACCGGGCUGAAGGAGCGGAGCCGUCCUCUGCUGGGCCCCUUCUCCUGCAGCGCCGCCCUGAAGGCCAACUGGUGUCGGCACAGCGGCAGCCCCGGAGCCGAGCCGGGCCCUCCCAAGGUGCUGCUGGACCUGAAGGGAGGCCUGCUGCAGCUCUUCUGGGGUCAGGAGCAUCUGAACUGCCUGAAGCUGGUGGAGGAGCACCUGGGGGCCUACCUUCGCCUCCAGGGAUGGGGGGCGGCCGACGGCACCAGUGCCCCGGAGGGCUGGCCCCUUCCCAGCCUGCCCUCCUCGCCCUCCCACGGCAGCGACUCCCCGCGCACGGAGCACAGCUCGGACGACCUGCGCACGGGCCUGUUCCAGUACAUCCAGGACUCAGCCUCGCGGCGGUUGCCGGCGCCCUACGAGGUGAUGUUCCACGGGGAGACAGAGGACAGCCCUGCGGUGAUGCUCUGGCGUUACCCGGAGCCGCGCGUCCUGACCUACGUCCGCAUCACACCCGUCCCCUUCAACACCACCGAGGACCCCGACAUCAGCACCGCCGACCUCAGCGAGCUGCUGCAGGUGCCCUGCAGCCUGGAGUACUGGGAUGAGCUCCAGGAGGCCUUCGUCCCUUACCGGGAGUUCAGCUUAUCAGAGAGCAGCUCCUGUCAGUUGCAGCUGCCUAGCCUCAGCCUUCGACACCAGCAGAAGGAGCUGGUGGCCUCGGACCUCUGGAGGAUCGUGCUCAGCAACACUGGAGACCCUGGAGGAGACGAGCACAGUUCAGACAGUGAGUCUGGCUCCCAGCUGCCCUGUGACCAGCUGGUGUCUCCCAAGGCGCUGGCAGCCUGCACCCGUGUGGACUCGUGCUUCGCCCCCUGGUUCGUCCACUCCCUGGGAGUCUCCAUGGAACUGGCCCACAUGGAGGUGCACCUCUGCCACCACCUGGAGCAGCUGGGCACAGCUCCAUGCCGGCGCCUGCGGCCCUUCCUGCCGGACAGGAAGUUGCCCCAGGAGCAGGAGUUCAUGGUGGUGGGUGCCAGCGAGCCCCGGCUCUACCUGCGGCAGUGGAACAGCGGUGGCCGCCUCAGCCAGGAGUUCAGCUUCUCCACCCGCCUGGACUGCCGACUGCUCGAGUACCGCAACCUGACCUACCUCCAGAUCCUGCAGCCCUUCUCACUCCAGGGCCAGGCCUCGGUCACCCGUUCCCCCCAGAGCAGCGUCCUGGACGGCAGCAUGUUUGUGGAGCCCGUGUUGCUCACCGUCAGCCAGUACGGCAUCCACACCCUGGACACCGCCCUGCAGAGCUGGCAACAGAAUGGCCGGGUGGAGGCGGAGGAGCUGCUCUACAGCCACUACGUGAUCUGCAACGACACACACGAGACGCUGCGCUUCGGCCAGGUGGACACGGACGAGAACGUGCUGCUGGCCAGCCUGCACAGCCACCAGUACAGCUGGCGCUCCCACAAGUCCGCGCAGCUGCUGCACAUCUGCAUCGAGGGCUGGGGGAACUGGCGGUGGUCGGAGCCCUUCAGCGUGGACAACGCCGGCACCCUGCUCAGAACCAUCCAGUACAAAGGCCGCACGGCCUCGCUCGUCAUCAAGGUGACGCAGCUCAACGGAGUACAGAAGCAGAUCACCAUCUGCGGGCGCCAGCUGAUGUGCAGCUACCUGUCCCAGGACAUCGAGCUGCGGGUGGUGCAGCACUAUGUGGGCGCCGACGGCCAGACGGUGGUGCGGGAGCACUGCGACUGCCUGGAGGCGCGGGCCAUGCUGCCCUCCUACGUGCUGGAGGACGCCGAGAUGACGGAGCUGUGCGUCCGGGCCCGCGGCGACGACGACUGGUCCCAGGACCUGAGGCUGGACCGGGGGGAGGGCGAGCGAGCCGGGGCUGGGGGAGGCGGUGCUGGCAGUAGCUCUGUGGUGCAGGUGCCGUGCUCCAGUGGGUCUCUGCUCUACGUGUGGUGUACCCUCAUCACCAUCGAACCCCAUUCUCCUCUGCAACAGAGAGUCGUGGUGUUCAGCCCCUUGUUCGUGAUGCGGAGCCACCUGCCGGACCCCGUCAUCAUCCACAUGGAGAAGAGGAGCCUGGGGCUGAAGGAGAGCCAGGUGAUCCAGGGCCAGGGCCACCAGGAGCCGCUGCUGAACACAGAGGCCGACCUCACGCACCACCUCACCUUCCAGGCCAGGGAAGAGGAGGACGCCUCCCACUACGCCGUGCCCAUCUCCACCGGCCUCAUCAAGCAGAUCGUCAACAAGGCGGGCGGGACGGAGAAGCCGCAGAGGGUGCUGGAGGACUUCUACGGCGCCACGUCCACCGCAGAGACGCCCUGGCCCUACAUCUCUAAGGACACGGAAAGGAGCGUCCUGGAGCCCGUGGCCCAGUGGGACAGCCCCAUGCAGGUCAAGCUGUCCUGCUGGAAGGGGGGCCUCAACACCCUGCUGGUGGAGCUGCUGCCCUGGGCCCUGCUGGCCAACCACUCCCGCUGGGACCUGUGGCUGUUUGAGGGGGAGACCAUCGUGCUGCAGAUCCCCGCGGGCAAGGUCAUCGUGCCGCCAAACUUCCAGCAGGCCUUCCAGGUGGGGAUCUACUGGGCCCACACCAACACGGUCCACAAGUCCAGGGCGCUGAAGCUGGUCCACGAGCAGACCUCCCCGCGCUGGAAGGAGGACAGCGGCAGCGAGAUGUUGACCCUGGAUGAAGAGGGCUGCGUGGAGGCGGACAUCCCCCUGGGAGCCCUGCCCGGAGGCCAGAAGGUGUGUCAGUUCUGCGUGUCGUCGGUGGUGAGGCAGGGCAUCCAGGUGCUGCAGGUGGAGGACCGCACCAUCCUGCUCAACAACACCUCCCACACCAUCCACUACAGACCCCUGCUGGCCCACCGGGCCCUGGCUGCCACAGACCAGGCUCUGGAUCUCCCUGACUCUGCCGGGUUCACCCUCCCCCCCACGGUGGGGGGCGGCCCGGCCACGCCCUGCUCGGUGCCCUGCUGGGACCAGCUCCUCGACAGCCCUCAAGGGGAGGUGGUCUCCCCUCUGCCCCUCAAACACAUUCUCUUCAGCCUGGAUCCCAGGGCCCUCAGCGCCGGGGCCGGGGCCCCGUGGAGCCUCCCGGCCCUGAUCCGAGCAGACUUUCCCAGGCAGAGCGUCUCCGUUCCAGGAGAGACCUUCGCCGGAGGAGGGGGACUGAUCAGCAGGGCUUUGGUGCUGACGUACCAGGAGCACCUCGGGGUGACGUACCUCAGCCUGAACGAGGACCCGUGCCCGCCCAUGCUCAUCCACAACAAGUGUCCGAUCCCCCUGCUUCUGAAGGAGAACCUCAAGGACGCGCCCCGGGCGGAGGUCUUCUGCCGCCCCAUCCCUGCCAGCGGCUCCUUGCACCACGAGCUCUACCAGCAGUACUCCAGCUUCCCCGACUGCCGGCAGAGAGAGGCUCUGCCUGCCCUGCUGCUGAAGACCACCCCAGAGCACGGCGCCACCACCUGGACCGACCCCGUCGACAUCAACUGCCCCGGCACACAGGUGGUGUUCCUGCCUGGGUUCGGCUGCCUCUACAUAGACGUGGUGUACGAGAAGGGCUCCAUAGAGCUCACCCUGGCCCCCGAAGGCAGCGCAGACUGCCUGCUCAGCCACCACACCAGGGCGGGCGACCUGCAGCUGUCCUUCCACGUCCUGGUCAGCGAGGCCAGCGUGGCGCUCAGCGAUGACAUCACCAGCCCCUCUGGCUCCGUGGAGCUGCUGCGGCUCACCCUGACCAAGCUGCUGGUCGAGCUGUCGCCCCCGCCCCCUCAGGGCCAGGACCAGCAGGCCUCGCCCGGGUCGGACUCCCGGGCCCUGGCCCCCGACGGCGUGCUGCUGGUGGGGCUCCACUGCGCCGGGCUGCAGGUGGACAACCAGCUGUACAACCGGGCCAGCUUCCACUUCCCCGUGCUGCUGUGCCAGGAGCAGAGGUCGGAGGCGGAGGCCGGGGGUCCCUGGAGCGCGGAGGCCAACCCCGCCACCGCCGCCCCCGAGGCCCUGGAGGAGUUCAAGCGCUCCUGCUUCCUGGAGCUGGGGGCGCUGCUGGCGGCCGACUGCUGCACCCUGGAGCAGGUCUCCUUCCAGCUGCAGCCCGCCAGGGUCUAUCUGGAGGACACCUUUGUGUACUACAUCAAGACGCUGUUCCACAGCUACAUCCCCGACAGCGCUGUGGCCCCCAGCUCCGCAGGGGCCCAGAGGACAUCCACCAGCACUGAGGCUGCACCGCUCGUCCCAGAACAGGUGGUCCACUCGCUGCAGGCCCUGGUGCGGCCCGUGCGGCUGCGCCGACUCGUCAUCCGGCCCAUCAACCUGCUGGUCAGCGUGCACGCCUCCCUCAAGCUGUACAUCGCGUCGGACCACACGCCGCUCUCCUUCUCGGUGUUUGAGCGCGGGCCCGUGUGCACCACGGCCCGCCAGCUGGUGCACGCCCUGGCCAUGCACUACGCCGCUGGGGCUCUCUUCCGGGCCGGCUGGGUGGUGGGUUCCCUAGACAUCCUGGGCAGUCCUGCCAGUCUGGUGCGCAGCAUCGGGAACGGCGUGUCGGACUUCUUCCGGCUGCCCUAUGAGGGCCUGACCCGGGGCCCCGGGGCCUUCGUCAGCGGGGUCCACAGAGGGACCACUUCCUUCGUCAAACACAUCUCCAAAGGCACCCUGACCUCCAUCACCAACCUGGCCACCAGUCUCUCCCGCAACAUGGACCGGCUGUCCCUGGACGAGGAGCACUUCACCCGGCAGGAGGAGUGGAGGAGGCAGCUCCCCGAGAGCCUGGGGGACGGCCUCCGCCAGGGCCUCUCGCGCCUCGGCAUCAGCCUGUUAGGGGCGAUUGCGGGCAUCGUGGACCAGCCCAUGCAGAACUUCCAAAGGUCCUGGGACCUGCCCAGCUCGGCCGGCAGCACGGCCAGAGGGGUGAUCUCCGGUGUGGGGAAGGGCAUCGUGGGAGUCUUCACCAAGCCCAUCGGAGGAGCUGCUGAGCUCGUCUCUCAGACCGGAUACGGGAUCCUGCAUGGAGCCGGGCUGUGGCAGCUCCCUAAGCAGCUGUACCUGCCUGCUGACGACAACUCCACCCUGGCCCCCAACAGCCACCUCAAAUACGUGUGGAAGCUGCUGCAGUCCCUGGGCCGUCCCGAGGUCCACAUGGCUCUGGAGGUGACCAUCGUCAGCGGGUCGGGCCAGCAGCACGCCGGCUGCCUUCUGCUGACCUCCGACGUGCUGUUUGUGGUCAGCCUCAGCGAGGACACCCAGCAGCAGGCCUUCCCCAUCACCGAGGUGGAGUGCAGACAGGAGCUGGGAGAGCCCGGCCAGCUGAUCCUCAGCUUACAGCAGCAGACCGUGAGCAGCGCCACUGAGGGCGACGGCGUGCGCGAGCGUCUCUCGGAGCAGCAGUACCAGCGGCUGGUCGACUACGUCACGCGCGCCUCCAACUACCUGUCUCCGUCGGGGGUCUCGCUCCAGCUGCAGCCCCCCGUGACCCUGGCGCAGCCGCCGCCCUCGCCCACCAAGUCCUACCGCUACCUGGUGGAGCCCGCCUCCGCCGCCGUGUUCACCAGCAAGUUCACCGCCGUCAAGAACAAGGCCCUGCGUGUGGGCUUCCACUGACCCGCUCCGUUCUGUGAAGGGAGAGGGGGGAAAAAGAAUCACCGUUAUUUGUGUAAAAGGGAAAAAUAAUUUUAUGAUACCACGUAACUACCCGGUUUAUGCACUAGUGUGUCGGAGAAGAGUUGUUGUUCUACAGUCUGUUUUUACGAUUAGACGCAUAUUUUCACAUGUUUGCCUUUUCAGUGAGAUAUUUUCUACUGUAUGUGCCCUGUGUGUGUUUACGUUGUCCUUGCACCGGCCUCUUGUCUCGUGCCUUUCCAAGUGCAAUAUUCUACAGAAGUGCAGAGCCGUUCGAGAAAGAUGCGUUGCCAUCCGUUAACCAAAAUGUCUAAAACAUCACAUUUACGCCAACCCCCUUAAUGAUGCAAAAAAGAAAAUAUAUAUACCUGUUGUGAGUACUAAGGCCACAUGGUAAAUGCAAGGUACUGCAUACUUUUUAUAAACACUAUUGCCGAUUAUGUAUGUAGAUCGAUUAUAAUAUAUUGUAUUAACACUGUAAUAAAAUCAGUAACAAAUGCACAUGA